GACGUCAUUCCCGUUUAAAUUAAAAAUGCGCAACACGCCUUGUUAGCUAGUUACCGCCAGAGCUGUCAAAAAACAUUUAACAGUUCCUGAAGAAAAGCCUUGUAUGAUGGUCGAUUCAUCGUCGCCUCCCCAGCGUCAGCUGGACAGCAAAGAGGACGAGUUGGAGCUGAACAAAGAUUUAGAGAGGCUGAUAGAUGGCGCUGAAAAUAUAUCAGUGCAGUUGACCUGGAUGGCUUAUGACAUGGUGGCACUGCGGACCAGUAGUGAGGUGGGGGCGUCCAUGCGGAAAUUGGAAGAGGCCUAUCAGAGAUGCAGAAUUGCUGUGUAUGGAAACCGUGAGCAGGAGCCAGAGAUGGACAAAUGUCCUGAGCCUGCUGCCACAGCAGUUACUCAGAUGUGAUGUUGUUAUCAGUUUCCAGUUCACAAGUUCUGUACUGAAAUAAAGGUGAUAGAGUUUUAAAGGAGUACGAAAUUAAUUUGUAUUGUGUUCAAGUAAAUAUCAAAAAUGCUCCAUACUGUUUUUUUCUAUAGAGAAGCAGGUAUUUGGGCUUGCAGGAUGUUUCAUGUAGAGUGCAGCAUUUGAUUAUAAUCAGUUGAUGUUAGCAUGGCCUGCAAAUGCUGUUUGUUUUGUAGGUACUUAAGUGAUUUGAUCCAUUUACCCUGGUAAAUUGAAUUAAUAAAAGACAUUAAAAUGAUAA